AUAUAUUUUAUUUCUGUAUUUUGUCACAUAUAUUUAAUUUUAGGUUUCUUAAUAUAAUUAUCAUGCCGCCUGAAGUAACAAUAUGGCGGCAAACUGUCACUCUCAUAAAGAGAAAUUUUAUCGCAAAAAUCAGAAUUAAACAAGCUACAAUUCAGGAAGUGUUUAUGCCAAUCUACUUUGUUGUUCUCCUUGCUGUAUUGAAGUCAUUUGCUUAUAAACCUGUUGCUCUACCAGCGAUACCGUCAUCAGAUAUAGCUACAACUGUUAUAUCUCCUCCUCCGACCCUGCGAACGAUCUUUACUGCCCCAAAUUUUGUUGAAGCUCAAACGUUUAUGAAAUCACUGAAUGAUUCUGGAUUACUUCCAUCCUUGAGCUAUGAAAUCUUUGACUCUCAGGCGGCAAUGGAUACAGCUUAUAAAAAUCUGACAUCAGUUGAACAAGGGACAACAGUUGGAAUUUUAUUUCAAAAUUCUACGAUUAGACAAUAUGCUCUUCGAUUUCCUUUCGGGAGAAUUGGUGAUAGCUUCGUAGACCUUUCACAAUCAAAUUGUAGGCAAGGAAAUGGAAGCGACACGUUUCAAUGUCCAGCAAAUAAUUAUCUUUUCUCUGGAUUUGCCGGUUUACAGAUGGCCAUUGAUACAAUGAUUGCAAAGACAAUUGAUCCGAACUUUACCUCAACGACAAUAUCAGCUCGAAUAAUGCCAAAAGAUGCAACUCUUUCAAACACUGAUGCUUUCCUUAUCAUUGGGCCUCUGUACCUCGUUAUAGCAAUGGGACCGUUUUUAACUUUCUUGCUAGUUUUCGUCGUUUAUGAAAAGGAAAAGAAAAUCAAGGAAGGGAUGAAAAUGAUGGGACUUAGUGAUCUUGCUUAUUGGUUUUCGUGGGGAACGGUUUAUGUUGCAUCGUUGUUUGUGAUGACUUUAGUUAUGACACUCAUUGGAUAUUUUGGGAAUUUGUUUCCACUCAGCAAUUUUUUUCUUGUCUUUCUCCUCUUUUUUAUCUACGGACUUAGCAUCGAAAUGCUUGGAUUCAUGCUCACACCAUUCUUCAGUAAAGCUAGAACAGCAGGAGCUGUUGGAGGAUUUAUUUCCAUUAUUAUGUCGCUUGUGUUUCUCGCAAUCCAAUUAGCAGGCGAUUUUCCUGAACCUGCCAUUUGGGCAGUUUCUCUACUCUCUCCUACAGCUUUUUCAUUUGCGAUGGGGAAGGUCUUCCUGUUCGAAGUUACCGGCCAAGGAGCUCAUUUUUACAACAUUGCAGAAGGACCAAAACCCCUUUAUAUUGGACUUGUUAUGAUGAUUGUUGAUAUUUUUCUCUAUUUUUUCUUGACCUUAUAUCUUGAUAGUGUGGUUCCAGGGGAAUAUGGUCAACGCAAAUCACCUUUCUUCUGUUUCAAACCUUCAUACUGGAGCAGAUCUCAACGAGGUUUGUCUCGUGAUCGUGCAUUAUCAAGACGUUCAACGAGCGGGGAACCAUUCGAGGGAUAUUCACAACAUGACUUUGAACCUGUGUCACCAGACCAGAUUGGCAAUGAAGCUAUUUCCAUGACAAACAUAAGAAAAGUUUUUAAAAAAUCUGCAAUCUUCGGUCAGUCAUCAAAGUCUACUGUUGCAGUUCAAAGGUUCAGUCUCGAUAUAUACAAAGGUCAAAUUAUGGCUUUACUUGGCCACAACGGAGCUGGGAAAACCACUAUCUUCAAUAUUCUUACAGGUUUUGUCCCUGCGACCUCAGGAUCAGCAUCGGUUUAUGGAUACGAUGUAAAAAAUUUAGAUGACAUGGAAGAAAUACGCAGAAUGACUGGUGUUUGUCCGCAACAUGAUAUUUUAUUAGAUUUUCUUUCUGUGAAAGAACAUUUAGAAGUUUUUGCAGGGCUCAAAGGAUACACUGGAGAAGAGGCUGUGGCCGAGAUGGAACGAGUCAUCAAUGUUGUUGGACUACAUGAUCAGAGAGAUACAUUUGCUAAGAAACUUUCUGGCGGACAGAAGCGGAAAUUAUCGGUUGGAAUCGCAAUAUUGGGAGAUCCUAAGAUUCUUAUUCUUGAUGAACCAACAGCUGGAAUGGAUCCAUAUUCUCGACGCAAACUCUGGGAUUUACUCCGAUCUCAUCGUGAGGAUCGAGUUACUUUGUUAACUACUCAUUUUAUGGACGAAGCAGAUAUACUUGCAGAUCGCAAAGCCAUUCUUACCCGUGGGAAGUUGAGAUGUGUUGGCUCGUCAUUGUUCUUGAAGAAUAGAUUUGGUUGCGGAUAUCAUCUUGGCGUUGUCUCAAAAUCACCAGAAGAUGCAACAAGAAUUGGUUCCUGUGUGAAUACUCACAUCGAUGAUGCUCAAUUGCAAAGAUCUGUUGGAAUGGAACAUGUUUAUACAUUGCCAUUAAAUCAAGUGUCUAAAUUUUCAGAACUAUUUGCUGACUUUGAUAAACGUCAAGAUGAAUUGAAUAUUCAAAGUUACGGUGUUUCCAUGACAACCCUGGAAGAAGUUUUUUUGAAAAUAGGUGAAGACGAUGACGUGGAUGAAGAGGGAAAUGGACAAACUGAAACAUACAGAACGUAUGAUAAUGAAGCAUUUCAAUCACUCAUGUCAGAUGAAAAUGGCACUAAGGAAAAAUAUGCAAGUGUAGGAUAUUCAAACCCAUUGGCUGUUCCAGAAACAAACGAAGACCGGGAUUCAGUUGCAAUCAAUGUUACAAAUUCUCCACCGAUAUUUGAUCCUUCACAAAGUGAGGGAAGUGGAGAAUCAAGGUCUGGAUCGAUUAUAUUACAAAUGAUGAGAAGAACUCUUCUGAUAAAUCUGCGCAAUCCUGGUUAUAUCAUCUUUGCUAUUCUGCUUCCAAUGGUUCUUGAAAUUGUCGGUACGUGGUUAUUCACUCAACAACCAUCUGCGAGUGACUCUGGAGAUCCAGAUUUAAUUGACGUUACUUAUGCAAAUAAUCUCGAAGCCUACAAGGAUAAAAGUGUUCUUUAUAAUGGAUUAACUGGUACUUCUAAGGACAACUUCGUCAACAACGCACAAAGUGGAAUAAUGUUUGAAGAAAGCACAAUGACAGACUCUGUGUUACUUACUGAUGGUUUUUAUCCUCAUUCUGUUGGGUUGCAAGUCAGUGCAUUUGCAGCGAGUCAGGCUGCUUACCUUGUUUUAUACAAUACUUCAUUUACAAGAUCUUUACCAUCAGCUAUCAAUGUAUUCUCCAACACAUUAACAUCUUUCUUAAAUGGUGGAAAUCCUACAAACAUCAUUACAUACAGUAAACAGUGGCCCCAAGUUGGUACUCAGCAAGGUACUUUCAAUGGUUCCAUAUUUGGUGCAGCUAUGAUGGUUGCCAUAGCAAUCGUAUUAUCGACAUCAUUCGCAGCUAGUAAUCCUGUCAAAGAACGAGAGGAAAAGAUUCGAGCUCAACUGCGGGUUUCUGGAGUAAAAUUUAUCAAUUAUUGGUUUGCUUUUUUGUUGAGUGAUUACAUCAUUUAUUUUGUGAUGUCUUUGAUAUUCAUUAUUUGCAUUGUCGGAUUUCAAGUUACUGGACUGAAUAAUGGAGGAGCUAUCGCAGCUUUGAUACUACUACUACUUGGUUGGGGAGUUGCUUGUCUUUUAGCAUCGUAUUGUGGAAGUUUCCUGUUCGAUAGAUAUGAAACCGUAUCUGCUUCUUGGCCAGGAUUAGUGCAACUGGCUGCCAUCAUACCAUACAUUAUUGUGUCGACUUUGGAUCAAACUAACAAUAGAGAAGCUGCCAAUGCCUGCAACGUUGUGUUUUGUAUACUUAGUCCGUACUAUGUGGGAUUUGCUGGAAUUUAUUACUGCUUCGUAGUCUACCUCCGAUACCUUCUCCAGGGAAAAGGAACAGACAUUCCAGUAUCAGCGUACUUUGACUGGAGUGAGCCUAUGUUGCCGUUUUCUAUUCUAAUGGCUUAUGUUCAUAUUGUCCUACUCUCUGGAAUUCUAGUAAUUGCCGAUAUAAAGAAGAGUGGCGGAGAAUUGCCUGGUUGUGGAAGGAGUCAAGUGGGAUCAUCAGAAUGGGUGAACGUUGGUAACAAUGACGUGGAUGACGCAGAAGAUGAUGACGUUACAAAAGAAAGAAACAAAGUUGAAGAGAUUUCGAGGAACCAACAUUCUGAUGAUGGGCCGGUUGUAUUGAUGGAAGGUUUACGCAAAGAGUUUACAAAACGAACGGAGAAAAGUUUUCAAAGUUGUAGAAAACCUUCUGAUGGAGAAGAUGACGAAACAGUCAAGGUUGCAGUUCGCAAUUUAUCAAUGACUGUUUAUCCUGGUGAAGUUGUUGGAUUACUUGGACCAAAUGGUGCUGGAAAAACAACUGCCCUAAACGUUUUGAUUGCGGACGUCGGAGCUACUGCAGGGAGAGUAUCUGUUGGGGGACAUUCUGUUACUUCUACUUUCUCAGAAGCUUUCAAGACAAUGGGAUAUUGCCCACAAAGUAAUCCGUUGUGGAAAGCACUUACUCUGAGAGAGCAUCUUGAAAUCUAUGCUACUGUUCGUGGUGUCCCGAAAGAUAAGAUUCCAGCGACAGUUAAGAAUUUUAUGGAAGCAUUAGACAUUGUCGAACAUGAGGAUAAAAGAGUUAAAGCACUGUCUGGUGGCACUCAACGAAAACUGUGUUUUGCGAUAUCAAUGCUCGGAAAUCCACAAGUUGUGUUGCUGGACGAACCAUCUACCGGCAUGGAUCCGAAAACUAAGAGAUUUUUAUGGAAUACAAUCAGCAGUGCAUUCGAAGGCACAAACCGAGGUGCAAUUUUAACAACACAUUAUAUGGAGGAAGCUGACGCACUAUGUUCUCGAGUUGGUAUCAUGGUACUUGGCCAAUUGAGAUGUAUUGGAUCAACGCAGCAUUUAAAAGAUAAAUUUGGCCAAGGAUAUAUCUUAGAAAUUAAACUCGAUCAUCAAUUACAAGAAGGUGAAGAAGAUGGGGAGGGAGGAGAACACAUACCACCAGAGUCUGAUGAUUUGGAUGUAUUUGUCAGAGGGCUUUUCCCUUCAGUGGAAGAACCAGAAAAGUUUGGGAAUCGCUUAACGUACAAAAUCAAGCGUGACGACGUAAUUUCGCUUGCAAAUGUGUUUUCAUCGAUGGAAGAAGCUAAAACAAGACUCGGAAUUGAAGAAUAUAGCUUCAGUCAGUCGACUCUAGAACAGGUUUUCCUCAGAUUUGCAAAGGAACAGGCUGUGAAAGAUGAAGAAGAACAACAGAGAGCAGAGGAGAGAAAGAGAGAGCAAAAGUUAAGAAAAAGAAAGUGAAGAUAAGAGAGAAAAACGUGAUAGAAAAAGGGACUUGCUGUUCACUGGACCAAAGACAAUUAUCAUAUGUUCUCAACAUUUUGUUACAGAAUUUCUCAUAUAUGAUCAUCUCAGAUUGCAUUCUGCCCAGUGUUAGCCGUUCCUAGACAUGACCGAAUACAAAAUAUAUUAUUUUUCAGCGCAAAAGUUUUUUAUAUUGUAUUUUUUCAUUAUACCAAUAAACCUUAAAUUGGUCACAAACUCAAAUUUGUCAACAACCGCUUUGAGUGCUUCAAUCAAUAUGCACCCUGUAUUGCUAUGUAUGAGUAUUAGAAUAGUUAGUUUUAUUGAAAAGUUUAUGCAUUUCAACUAAAUUGAAUAAGUUACUGAUUGUUAAUUAUAAUACCUCUAGAUUCUAGAACAGGAAUUCCCAAACUUUUUUAUCUCGCAACCCCUUCCAAUAUAUCAAAAUUUCCUGCGCCCUCCGUAAAGUCGGGAAUGUUAUGUAAGCGCCGCUUCUCUGAUUCUAUGUAUUUUCUCAAAAUCGUGAGAUUUAUGUUUUGCACUUGGUUUUGAUAAUUGUGUUAUUGGAAGCAAACCUACAAUAUAUAUAGUACUUUAUGUGAAAUUGGUGUACUCUUUGUGACCCAUAAAAUUCGUUACGCGCCUCUCUACGGGGUCGCGACCCCAAGUUUGGGAAGCCCUGCUCUAGAACCAUGUUACUUGAUUUCCCUAGUAUCUGCCUAUUGAAAUUAAUUUUUUAUUACUUCACUUGACUGAAUUUUUUUUGAUCAGCACUUUUAUAUAUAAUUCUUGAUAUUGAACAUGUGCAUUAAUUACCUAAUUCCUGUUACUGCUCGUAUUAUCAUGACAUUCAUUACCUUAGAUCAGUGGUUUUCACCAGCACAGUACAGAGUUCCAUGAGUCUACAUCCAAAACUGUAAGGUCCGUAUUGUUUUAUAUUGUUUGAAUAUAAUCUGCUACAAAGGUAUAAUAUAAUCAUGUAAUAAGUAGUUCACUAGUGUCCAAGUCAAAUUUUUGUUACACAUUUUGUGAUAGCAAAACCGAUCGUAUAAAUAAUUAUACACAUAAUCAAUUGCACAAGAUUUCCUCGAGCUUCUAGAAUUUUAUUUGGUUAUGCUACACCAAAAAGGUUGAAAAAACUGCCUUAUAUAUAUUAGCUUUUCUUUUAUACUCUUGCUAUAUGCCAAAGUUAUCUAACCAAAAUGAAAUGAGGAUCAAGAGCUGUUGUACUCAAUCCAAUUGCACUAGUCUACUUAUUACUCAUCGCCAUGAAUAGUGGAAAGAAUACAAUGCUGCAUUCCUCGCGUUCCAGUAGUCAGUCAUUAGUCUAAUUUGCAAAUUUAAAUUUCACCAUAAUUCUAUUGCAGAGUUUUUCUUGUGUAUUGCAGCUUGUUCUAUAGAUAUGGUUUAUAAAUAAAUAUGCUUUUAAGUAUCAUAA